UCGGCCCCUACUCUUCCUCGUAGCUCCUACCGUCCAACCAUUAUUGCACGUAGGUAUACCGUGCAGACGUAUAGAGAGACAUUGACUUGCAGUCUCAGCCAGCGUACGGCCAUCCAAAGAACCAUUUCGUUGCACCGCGCAGAGACACAGUAUUAUAUUUAAUAACAGUGUUUUUUUUUUUUUUUCCUCUGUAUUCUGUACCAUCGAAUUGUCACUUUCUCCCGGCCAUCGCACCGUGUCCAGAACGUUUGCGUUUUCACGUUUGUUUGUGUGAAAAUCGAGUUUGACUGUAAAUAAUAAUACGAGUGCGAGUGGAACCGUUUUGUAUUUGCCCCUUCCCCCGUCGACGCACUGUAGUAACGUACGCGUCUCGUCAAGUCGACGGCAGACAUUUCACGUACCCGUUCGAAUAUUGUUAUACACAAGAUCCGGUCAUCCGGUGUGCCGUACGGAAACCUAAAUAUUCGUGAGCUGACCGCGGUUACGUCGUCAGAGAUUCGUCAUAUUACCGUGUACGCGGGUUAGUCAGCGCGUUAUCACAGGAGUCCUGCUGCAACGGGUAAGGUCAUUGUCACCGACGACGCACAAGCUCGCGAUGUUCAACGACGAACGAUCGUUGCGCAAAAAUGCCUACGGUCCCACCACUACCGGACCGCAGUGACGAAACGGCCUCGCAAAAUGUACUGGAUUCGUCAUCAAAACAGAGGAAAAUACCUGUAAAAACAACGGUCAUUGCCGUGCGACGUAUUCGAGCUUUUGUUUGAGGAUAUGAAGCAAAACGCACGCUGCACUAGUCCGAAGAACAUAAGCCGCAGUAUCACGAUGUCCACUCUUGCGGUCUUUUCUGCAUGUCUACUGCUGUUCUUGGCUACAGCGACAACACCGGCCCAAGGUACGUAAUGCGCAUUACUUGCGUUAAUUUAAAUCAUACACAUAUAUUUAUAUUAGGCAUUGAUAUUCCGCGAUAACGAACUAUACUACUAGAAUUUAACAAUAUAAUGGGUCGGUAAGUUUUUACAAAUACGAUGGUCGUCAGUGUCAUUAUAUUAUUGUUAUUAAUAAUUAUCAUAGUAUUUAAGGUUUGUUGUGGCACACGAGUGUUGUUUGUCUCGAAAAAAAAAAACAAAAAAUUACCGUGCGUUAAAAACGGGGUUGUAAUGCGUUUUAGCGAAAUUAUUAUUUCGUUUUCAGGUUAAAACGGAAAUAAAGUUAAACAUGAAAAUUCGACUAUAAAUUAGGUAUUCAACCUACGGCGUUUACUGUUCUUUUACAGUUCUAGCGCUUACGGGGUUGCUUUUCGAAGGACUACAGAAAUAAAAUCCGACAAACUUUCUCGGUGUUCCUUUCGAAAGUACGUUUGAAUUUUCGGGGGCAAUAUUUAAAUAUUCUUGGGACCGAGACUUCGUACAAUAGACGUGAAUACGCAAAAAAACACGGUUCACUUACCUGCCUAUGACGGUGUAUAAUACAUAGUCAAUAUUCAAUGCACAGGUGGCGAAUUAUUUUCGCCGUGUGCGUAUAUAUUACUUCAGUUUUGUAUAAAAAAAAAUAUAUUGUACGACUCUCGAAGCGGCGGUGUUACCCGCAAGGUGGUGGGGCCACAAACCUCCUUCCUCUUCCCCGCGAGUGUGAGUUUUCAAACACUAACUAUACUCAAAAAACAGAGGAAAAAAAAAAAAAAACGUUUUUCGAAAUCGGGGAAAAAAAAUUUCAAACUCGCGACAACGUGUUAUAACAUUAGGUACCUACCUAACUAUAAUAUUAAGUUUGUUUUAUAGUAACGAAAAAAUGUGUCUCAGCCCCGCAACGCCCUACCGGAAAAAUUCCUACCAAUGGGUAUAAUAUUUUUAACGCGUCGUUAUAUCAUAUUGUUAGCAUGGCGCAUAUUCGAUGUUAUUUUUAAAUGUCGGGCUUUAUUUUCACGGGACGACUCUUGUGUGUGUUACGCGCUCUAUUCAAUAUUAAUUAUAUAUAUAUGUAUGUUAUAUAGGUACUAUUGUAUUAUACAGAACAAAACGCUCGAUGUAAUUUUACGGUACGACAAAAAUAACGCUCGUGUAUUACGGGCUUAAUGGUCUUUGUAAUUAUAAUCGGUGGUUUUUUUUUUUUUUUUUUUUUGGUAAAUAAUCAUAGAAAAUAGAAACUUAUUUUUAUUCGUAUACAGUUAAGAUUAUAAUACACACAUUACACGUAUAUAUUAAGUUAAACAAUUAUCUACUUUUACUUUUAACAAUUAUUAUAAUAUACAUGAUAUACAUUAGGUACCCACCUAUCAUCUACUCGACAUUUCAUCGAGAUUUAUCAAAUUCAAAUUUGUAACGCGUAGUGUAAUAUUAUAAGACAAUAUUGUUAUUAUAUAUAUAUAUAAAAAAAAUCGUAUCUAAAAAAUCGUUAAAAUAAUAUUGUUAUUAUCAUUGUACGUUUGUGCACACUGAGAAACUAUACACGAAAUGGGUUUACUUGAUAAUCAUAACGACGUUGUAAUCUUUAUUAUAUAUGCGCGUAACAGAUUUUAAAUAUCAUAAUAUUAAACGUUGCAUAACGUUUGUAUGUUUUUUUUUUUUUUUAAUGCUAUUAAAAGUAAAUUAUUCUCGUGUUUAUUUGCUACUGCAACUUUCAAUAACAACAGGUUGUACAACUAUUGACUAAAUACAUUCGACGGUAGAAAAUACGAAAAAAUAAGAAAUUGAAAAUAAAAAAAAUUGCGAUUUCCAUGGAGGGUCAAAAAUUCGCGUUUAAAUUUAUUCGAUUUCUCGAGCAAACAAUACAAUAACAUCGAGGGUCUUAAAAGGAAUUCGAAUUGGGUUCCAAGUAAUAGUACUAGUACACUAGUUGGGUCCCGGCUUUCGGUAGAUUAUAUACUAGUCGGGUUCAAACGUUUACAAGCAAAAAAAAAAAAAAACAUUUUCUUUCUUAUUUUUACAGACUUAGGACGGUCAGUGAUUUGUAAUUUAAAAUAAAACACAGGUAUGAUUUAACAAAUUUUGUUUUGCCAGAUGAAUUAAUAUUUUGAAAAACAAUCAGAAGAUUGCCUCCGGUAAUUCAAUGAAUACUAACUUAAUAUAAUUUAAAAAAAAAUUUAAAAAUUUAAUUUUAUUUAAUACUAUUGUACUAAAUGUGCAUAGAUAAACACUUAUAAAGGAGUGUUUUGAUAAAAUCAAAACGAUUUAAGUUGCUAAUGUUUUUUUCAAUCAUUUUCUCCUUAAAUAAAUUGUUGUUUUUGUAAAAUACAUUCCGGUCGUUGUUUCUAUACUUCUCAUUUUGAUGUGAGUGUUUAUUUGCGUACUUUUUAAAGUUUCUUUUCUUUUCACUAGUAACUCGAGACCCAACUAGUGUACAACCUGCGGGAAAUCUGGGACCCAACUAGUAUAGUACUCGCGAGAACCUGGGACCCAAUUAGUAUAGUACCUGCAUUAACCCGAGACCUAACUAGAGGAGAUUUUUGAACGCGGGACCCAACUCGGAUGCGCCACUUAAAAGAUACCGAUUUCAACCAGUAAACUAUAUUAUUAACUAGAUGGGUUAGCUGACCUCCUGAACUCCCCCUCUCCGUCUCUAAUUAAGAUCCGCUAUGUUAUGCUGCGCGUGAAUAUUAUUUUUAAUUGUGCAUCGUGUACUCGUAUAAAAUAAUGCUAUAAUAUUAUGUUGCUACUGCAUAUAGUUGUAUCGACGAUGAGUACAGUUGUGUUUAGUACGGUGCACUACGACCGCACAUUAUCAUUUUUAAUAUUUAUAUCCUGGAUAUUUUUUUGUAAAUAUCCACUCCGCGUUCAUUCCCUUUUCCUAUAAAAAAGCUCCACGAGAAAACAGACCAAACUCUCUUCUUGACUUUUGGACUUUACUGCAGUGAAACUCUCCCCUUUCCCCCACAAAUGAGAAUAUAAAAUAUAAUAUUUUGUUACAAAACCUAUAGAUAACUUAUUUAAUAAUUUACCAUUUAUUUUCUAAUGGACACACGGUAAGCUAGUAUUAAACUAGCUAAAUGUUCGACUGGGUGUCCAAUGGACUUUAAUGAGUAUCUAUUUCGACGCAGAAAACCUCCUUAGAAAAUGCCCCGUUCGUAUCCGUAAUGCAAGCACUUAAAAGGACGUGAUACCGGCGUGUGUUGUUUCAGUUCAACUAACUGGCAACAUAGUAAAAACAUGCUUACGCAGACUGAGUAGAACUCACUUUUAAUAAUUUUAAUUUUACAGUAAAAGCACCUAUUAUAAAGUGAAAAGAAGACAAUAUUCUGGAGACUGAAUACAAUUUUCCAUUAUUCCAAUUAUAACGCUCUCAAUGCAUCGUUUAGAAUUAAAGAAUACUUCAACAUUUUAAAAUUAAUUAAAAAAAAUGCAUCGUCUUGCCUUCCGGGAGUUUUUAUUAGUUAGACUGAGACAGUUGAUGCAGGCAUGCCGUUCUCUUAAAGCAGACACUUAUUAUUUAUAACAUAGUAAAUCGAUUAUAUUAUAUAUACUUAUAUACAGCGCUUGUCACUCAAAUGGUAACACGGAAUAUUUCAGUCGGAUGCAUUUAAAUCGAAAUCGGGAUUUUUAUUGGAAAGAUCGGGGUACGACUUAUAACAUCUAAAUACACAUUUUGAAUCAAUUUUAAAAAUAUUAACCACACGCGCCGUAAAACGUAAAUAUUCUUAAAUGGAAACAUCUAUUUUUUACACCAGAUUCGAAUAGUUAUUCUAUAUUUGACUUUGUCUAAUAUACAUUUUUCCAAUUCUAAAAAGAUACAGUCGUCUUUUUAUGGUUUCACCAUGUAAAAUUAAUUAAAAAAUACGAUUUGAAAAAAAUAUUUAAAAGAAUGAUAAUAUUAACUUUUAUAAGUUACUAAUUUUUUUUCAAAAUCGAGAAAAACUCGUACCUAAGUGAAAUAAUAAUAUUUUCAUAAUAUUGGACGAAAAAAAAACGUGCGGGAACUUGAACGUGGUCACGCGCGUAUUCACUGUUACAGCGGAAUGCCUAGGGGUUAGGAUUUUUAAAUCGGAAAGGGGGGAAUAGACAUUGAUAAAACGAAACGUAUAAAAUAUAGAAUAGUUGAAACAAAAUAAUCUUUUAAAUAAGCUUUUUCCUUGAGGGUAUUAUGCGAAAUACAUAAUUGUGUAGUAUGAUUAUUUGUAUUCGGUUGCGAUAUAGUUAUUUUUAUUUUUUUUAUAAAUCGAUAUUAACACGGCCAAGGUGUGGGGGGAUUGAAGCCCCCUUAGUCGCCCUAUGGAUACGCCACUGCACUGCAAUACUUAUAUCGUAUUUUUUUUCCAUUCGAUAUAUUUAUAUAUAUAUAUACAUGUAUACGUAAAUCACGCGUACUGAUAAUAUCGUAAAUAUAUAUUUCUUAGAUUCCAAGUGCCGCAAGGAAUGUGUCGGUUUUACUACAAUGUGUAUAUAUUUUUUUUUUUUUUUUUUGCGUCUGCUAACAAAUAUUAUAUUACCAGACAUUUUUCUCCGAUCUACAAAUGUACCUAGCAUAUUUUCUGAAAGCAAAUUGUAUGUAGUUGGCGCAUUACGAGAUCGUUUUCUUUAAAUUUUUUUUUGUUGUUUUCUAAAUAAUUAAAAAAAAAAAAAAAACGACGAGAAAAAUCGCAGGAAAAACAGACAAAUAUACGCAAUAACGGUUUUUGUUAUUUUCGAUUUUUUUUUUUUUGUAUUGCGAGUUGGUUAGAAAUAAUCAAAAAUAUCUGAAGUUCGUCAGAUUAUUAGCUCUUUAUAGACUAAAAGUUUCAAAUCAUUCUAAACAAUUAUUGUUGAGCUAUUUAUAGAAUAUUUUGAGUUUUUAUUUGAUGUUACGUGAAUAAAAUUGUCAUGGCUCAGUUAAAAUGUUUGAAAAUUUAACUGCACUAGCUGCAUCGUCAGUUGUAUAUAAUGGUGAAAAAAAGUCUUGCUUAAUGUAGUAGUUUUUCUUUUAUUAGUGUUUCAUGUUCAAAUUUUAUCCCUUUAUUUAUUUAAUUUAAAAAUCAUGACAUAUCGAAACGUGUUUAAUCGAACUUUGCUUGGAUUAAUUUUUCGUUGGCAGUGAUUUAUCGUCGCGUACACGUAUAAAUUAAAUUACCCCAUAUAUGUAUCCUACCUUCAUAACUUUUUCACCUACAAUACCGACACACCCGUCAACAGUAUCAGCUCUUUUUUUUAAAAUUUCAUUAUUUUUAUUCUGCAACAAUACUCUCAACAUUCCGUUUCGUACAUAAUCAUCGCUGCUGGUCUCACGAAAUAGUUUUUUUUUUUUUUUUAUAUUUAAAGCCGUUGAGACCGUCACAUCCUCCUCCGUCUAUUCCGAUCUUGUACUAAAUCUGAAUUCCUGUGUUCCGAUUCUGAGAAGUCCGCGUAAUCCUUCUUAACGCAAUCUUCCCAACGACACCGUGCAGACAUUUCCCCCCUUGGGGUUUCUUCUGUGAAUUUUCAACCGUCGAGCAUUGUUUUCCCCCGCGAACGGCCUCCGCGCGAGGCCGAUCUUUCCGGCGUCUUUCCGUUCGUCUACCGGCACCUGCAGUCCGAAUUGAAACAAUUGCGACACGUCGCGUAUUUUCCUCCGUUCCUGCGCGCGCUGGUCACCAACGCGUGUUGCGAUCCGCCUUUCCGCGGGGUUGAUGGCGGCGGCGGUGGGGGGGGGGGGGGGGUGAAACCGCAAACAAACCGGCGCGCAGUCCGGAUUCUUAUCGGUUUUCCUCGACGAACAACCGUCACCGGUAUAACAUUGUCAAACGCACACGGAUAAUACGGUCAUUGCGCGCGUGACGCACUCGCAAGUGUGCACACGGGCCGAGAGAAUACCGGCCGUUUUUCCGCCGAGAUAAUUAUUACGAAACGGGCAUCGCCCCGGAGCUACGCGAUACAUUAUUAUUAUUAUUAUUAUUGUAAUAAAAUGUAUCGCGUGCGUAUCCGCGGUCACAUACGCGCGGCGCGGCCGGGCGUCCUUGGUCUCCGUGACGGCAACGACUCGCAAGAGAGUACAACAAUAUUUUAUACUGCGCCGGGCGGCCAGGUUGCCAAGCCGUUUUCUUCGCCGGCACCGUACAUUCCAGUGUGGCGGUGUAGUGUAUAGUGUAGGUAGGUGGAGGUACCCACAAUAUAAUAAUAAUAAUAAUAAUAAUAAUAUAAUGCGAUAAUAUUAUACGCGCGCAUAUACGACCACCGCAUUGUGCGCGCCGCGCGCCCGUAUUAUGCGCGUUAUGAUAUUACGACGUUGCCGCGACGGCGGCGGUGUUUUUUUUUUUCUUCAUACCGAAUGCGAUUUAUAAAUAAUAUUAUUGCCAUUAUAUUUAAUAUGUUAUUAUUAUUAUGUGGUACUUUUACUUUCACUUUGCGUUACGACGGCCGCCGUCGCCGCCCUCGCACCGGAAUACCGACGGCCGCGGCGCGGCGACGGCGACGGCGAAGUUGCGCGAUACGAUACGAUACGCGUACCUGCGGUACACCCGACCGAGGCGGCGGCGGCGGCGGCGGCGGCGAGGGGCCCGGCGCGCGAGGCCGCGGACCGACGUCGACGGCGGCCCGCGGGCACCCGCGGCCCGACGGAAUUUCGGACCUGUAAAACGACAAGCGCAAUAAUAUCGUUUUGAACGUACGCGCGCGCUUUGUUACAAUAAUAUUAUAACGUUAUCGUUAUCGUUAUUAUGACCGGGGGAACUGGGGGGGGGGCGCCGAGUCAGCGUCGCCGUGUGGCAUUAAAAUAUCGUCGGCGUUCAAAUGCGGAAGAACAGAGCCGAAGAAGAAUGUCGUCGCCAAAGUCGACAUUUUCCCCGUCCAUUUCGUGUGGUAGAAAUAUUUUGUUUUAUUGCAAAACAAUAAUAAUAACGGUGUUUGCUGUGCACACAAACAAAAACGGAAAAUACCACCCUACACUGCGCACUAUUCAAUUCGGAAGGGGACGCGCGAAAAAUGCGUCCAGUCAAUAACGACCCGGAACUUUUAAUUGGCAAAUGAGAGAAAAAAAAAAAAAAAUUCAAAAACGCAACACGAGCAAGUCGUUAACAAUUCGCCAUAAUUUAAGAUUUUAGGUGUUCUGUGUUGUUUAACAUAAUUUUCACACUUAAACGUUCAGGAUUCAUCGGGGUUUUUGUUUUGUUUUUUUUCAAAUUGCAUUAUACAGUUUAAUUCACCGCAAUGCGCGAUAUAACUUAAAACGGAAAAAAAUCACGACUUAUCCUAAAUAGCAAAUUGAAAUAACAUGUUUUAUAUAGAAGAAAUUUACCUUAUAUACGAAAAAUGGAGAUUUUUUUGUACUAUUUAAAUAACUAAUUUUUUUAGAACUUGGUGACCUAAAACCUUUUUAAUGCGCACCCGCGCGAAUUGUAUUUAUUAUUAUAUUACACUUCCAAAAAAACUGUGGAAAUUCGAUCAUAAAAAUGGUAGGGUUAGGGUUGGAAACCCCUAACAAAUAGCGCAGUCUUGAUACUAACACCGUGCAUAUAUACACCAUUGCGUUUCUCUGGCUUAAUUCGGAGAAUCUGUUGGGGGUUACAAAACUUAAAAAAACACCCUCUAUCCGCAAUAGCACGAAAGAAUUGAAUUCAUAUUUAAAUUCAACCCUACUUUUGUCGCUUCAAUUCGCUUACGAAACAACACUGAUUUGCUUGAAAAAUAUGCUCAUAUGGUCCAAAGGGAGCCGUUAAAAAUGUCCUUAAAGUAGCGCGGAAAAAAUAUACAUGUAUACCUAUUACCUAUAUAAAUAACAGACACAAUACAGUGUUAUAGUUCAGGGCCGUGUUUAAGCGCAAUACCUUCACAUAGGUUGCAGUCUAUGGGCUCUCACCACAGAACGGCCUGUGUAAAAAUAAAAUCGAUUAAAUCUAAUUAGUAAACUCCCUUCCCCUAGUGGGCCUAGUGGCCAAUGCACCCUAAAUACGGUUCUGCUAUAGCCUCUAUUUAGGGAGAAAAUUCGAUAAGAACGUAUUAACAUUGCACGAUACUUAUUUAUGUCUAAAAAUAAACGUCUUGUUACUUAUAAGCGUAAGGGCGCACGUCACUUGAAAACGUCCAUACAAGCGCUUUGAAAUUAUGCACUGAAAAUAUGCCAUCUAAACUUCGGAAUAUGCAUCGAAAAAUGUCGGUCAUCAGAAACCAAUUUAUAGUUUUUGCUCAUGGUGCUUUUGGGACUUAUCAAAACGAAUUAUACUAAUGGUACAAGUUUUGAGCCUUAAUAACGUAGGUAAUAUUAUAAUAAUACGACGGUAGUUCGGUUUAUUUAUGUAGUGUAUAUUAAUUUGUUUGUUUGUCUGCGUAAAUUUCGCUUGGGCAAAAAUAAUCGAACACAUUCGAAUCCCAGCACCUAUUUCACUCGUGAAUUGCCAACCGUGAAAUUUGUCAGGAAAAAAAAAACUCAAUUCGAAUAGUUUCUCGAUUUUAGAAAAGACAUUCGCUCGGAUCGUCUCCGAUAGAUUUCAUAAAAUUAUAAUAAAAAAUUCAAUUAAUAUGUUAAAUAAUAUGGAAAUAUUCAAUAAACACUGUAAUACAAUAUUUAAUUAAAUAAGUACAUGCAUAAAUAAAAAGAUGUGAAUAUACUUUACAUAUUGGGUGGGUCACUGUUGUGAGAAGUUGGGAAAUUUAAUACUAAAAUUCUUAUAAAAAAUUCUAUAUUAUACUCAAUUUUUUUUUUUUUUUAUCACAAAAUAGUAUAAUAUAAAAAUUAUAAUGAACCUCUUGUUAAAUUUUCAAGCACUUCUAUUUGGUUUAAUAGCUCAAAAAUGUUUUGAAAUUUUACCAUGUCUAGAAAAAGUAAAUAUAAUUUUCUGUACACAUUUUUAAGUUUCUACGAAUAUUUUUAACUGAAUUACAAUAAAAAGAAAAAUUUAAAAUAAUAAAUUUUGUAAGUUUCAACGUUUUUCCUACGUUUUUUCCAAAUUAUUAUGAAAAGUCAAAAAAUUACCCCUUUCAGUACCACUCAGAUAAAAUUUACUUUCAGAAAAGGUGCUGUAUGCAUUUAAAAAUCGGAGCAAAAUUUAGUAGAAAAAUUGUUCACAGAAAAAAUAUAAUAAAAUAAACAUUAUUGUAAAACCAAUACAUUCCUCGCUUCGCUCAGAAUUUGAAAUAUAGUAAUAAUAAUAAAUAAAUAAUUUUCACUAGGUUUAAAUUGAUCUGUUCACGUUUUAAUGUAAUGCAAUUGCGUGUAAUUUAAUUUAUCUAGUUGACCCGUGCGGAAAAUUCGCAUUCGUUCAAGGAAAGAUCUCUAGGGUCAAUCAUACAUAUUUAACUUUAGUUUUUAAACAAAUAAUAGAUUGCACAGUUUUAAAUUAACAAUUCGUUAGAAGAGGGCAUCUUAAUCUAUAAAAUGGUACCUUGUUAGUUAUUUAUUUAUUUUGGUUAAGUACGAACGGAGAAACAGUGUUUGUCGCAAAAACUCGCAUUUUAGAAAUAAUAUAUAACAUUUUACCUGUUAAAUUAAGGUUUUGACAUAGAUUUUAUUUUAUUUGUCAUUGUAGAGUUGUCUGUGCUUCACUUUUUUUUUAUUUCGACUACAUAAGAUUUUAUUAAAAUUGUGGUACCAUUUUGCAUAUUAUUUUUCAUUACGUCUAAAAAUGUAUAGACGUUUGGAAGUCCUGUUAAAAAAUACGAAUUAUGGUAUUAUUUUUCUUUUGCUGUAUAAAACGAAUUGCAAACACGAAUUGUCUUCUUUGUAUUACUGGAAAUGAGGGACGGUCAAAUCGGGAGAAAUUAAGAGGGGGUAUAUCUCCCCUCUUAAACUAUUCCGUUUCAAUAUUGUAUAAUAUAAUAAUAAUUUCAGUUGUUGAAAAAAUCAAAUAAUGGAAAAUACAUUAAAAGAUUUUACUCACAUUUUUUUCCUUCAACCAUCAUGACGUACCAAGUACACCCUAGAUGGUUAUUGAUUCACUCUUUCGUAAUUAUUAUCAAUAUACCCUCUAUCACAACUAUAGUUUAUAUUUUCUUAGAGUAUCUAAAAUAUGAUGUUCAUAUUGCCUAAAAACCAUCAAAUAUUAUCCUUAUAUUAUAUUAAAAUUAAUAAAUAAUCAAUACAUGGUUUAUAAUAUACAAUUUUUGAAAACAAUAUUUUAUCAAAAAUAUAUACGUAUAUACAUAAAAAAAUGACGGUUGUUAAAUGAUUUUAAAAAUAUUUUUUUCUAACACUUUAAUUUUAAAAUCGAUUAUAUUUAUAAUUUAAUGAUAUAAUAAGUUAGUAUUAGUUUUUAUCAAAAUUUAAAAAAUGUUCCAAAAUAUGCUAAAUUACGAAAUGUUCUCAAAUCCCUGGGAUAUUUUCAUAUAUGUAAAAAAAAAAAUAAAAAUAUUUUCCUGUGAACUGUGCGAAUUAUCCACAUUUUUCACUCUCGUCAGAGUGCACAUAAUCCUGCAACAUUUCGUACAGGUAUUGUGUCCUUAAAUUCAUACGUUCUAAAGUAUUUAUUAUUUAUUAUAUCUAUAUAUAGCAGAACUUAAAUUCCCUCGUCCUUUCCUAAAGAAUUACCUCAUGUACGCCCACGACUAUCGAUAUUCAUUAUCGACUAUCGACGACGAUUUAUUUUACUAGAAUCGAUGUAGCGAUUAAUCGGUACGAUACGGUAGGCGAUUCGAUCAGUGUAUAUAAUACGCUUGUAAUACACAAUAUUAUAUAGGCGUCGUAUUCGAACCGAAUCCGAAAUAUCAGGGAUGCGAUUCUGAAGUGAAAAAAAAAAACAAAAGUCGAACAAUUUGGAAAACGGUUCGCGUGUGUACCGAAAGUAAUACAAUUAUGGAAAAACACAUUUUUAAAAUGAGUCAGCGGAGCAGCAGUACCGCCGCCGAAUCAUUUGGAAAAUCUGUUCGCGUCUGUUUGUAAAUCAAUUACUGCGCAGUGUGAAGGAAUAAAACAAAAAAAAUAAAUAAAAAAAUUAUAACGGGUUUUUAUAAAUGUUUAUAUAUAAUUUUGAUCGCGCUGUGGUGGUGGGGGGGGGAGGAGGAGGAUAAUCUUAUUACAUAAAAACCAUAAUAUUUUAAUACAAUAUGACCCAGCGGUUCGACAAAUAUAAUGAUGCGACGUCUUGUAAACUCAUAAUGUAUAAUGUAAUAAUAUUGUUACGAUGGCAGAGGAAUACAAAUACUAUCGGGUAUACGUAUACUUGUAAUAUUUUUGGGGAUUUAGCCAGUAGGAUAAAUUCGAAUUUAACGCGGGGCGCCUAUAUAUUAUAUUAUGUUAUUGUAAGAUAUUAUAGACACCCGUAUAAUCGUCAUGAAAAUAAUAUUCGGGUGGUAAAAUACAAUAUAUAGAAACGUAAGAAGAAAAAAAAUAACAAUAAUAAUAAUAGUGAUUAGCUUCACUCAAACUAGAUACCUAUAAUAUUAUAUCCAGUUGACACGUCAUCGUCGUAAUGUAUCGUAUUUUUUUUUUUUAUAAUAAUAUUACACCAGCAUCAAGUUUGCCAAUAAUAACGAUUAUGUGUACCUACGGAUAUUUUCGUUGUUCCGCGGUGUAUUAUAAUUUGUAUAAUAAUACUUGUAAAUAUAACGUAAAAAGAAAAAAAAAAAUAAAAGAAAAAAAUUAGUCGCACAUGUUAUCAUUAUUAAUAACGCGAGUGUGUGUUAUAGCGAUAUUGCGAGCGUAUAAUACCACAGUAAACCCACAAUUUUACCAUUAUGUAUACCGGCAAUGCAUAUGCACAUAAUAUACGUACCUAUACGUAUUUAAUCACAAUAUUACUACUAUUAUCCUAACCUGAAAUCUUGUAUACAUUUUUACCUGCAAUUAUAAUCCAAUUUUCGUGUCGUAUACUCCAGACGCGUAUUUAUAAUGUUAUGCAUAAUGUUAAAUGCGUAUGGUUGAAAUAUACAUAAUCGAUCGACUACUCCCACCGUGUGUGUAUAAAAUAUAUAAUAAUAAUAAUAAUAAUAAAAAAAAAAAAACCGCACCAAAAAAUUAUUGUUUGUUACGCCAUCGCUGCAGUUAUACGUACCUUUGUAGGUACCUGUAUACCUCUUAAAAUACAACAGAUUAUUAUAAUACACUUACGUUGAAAUGCAAAAAUACACUUUAUUAUUAUUAUUUUUUUUUUGUUUUGCAUACGCCGUAAUAUCCGUGCCUAUCUAUUUAUUAUAAUGCACAUUAUUGUCUACUGAUUCGAUUUUUUUUUUAUUUUAAUCGAUACCUUUUAUACACUGCCGGAAUACAUUUCAAUAAAAUUGAAAAAAGUCUGUAUGUAUGUGUAUGUCUGUAUAGUUUUUCAUACAAUAUACCAAUUAAAUAUCUUAAUUAAAAAAAAAAAACAGGUCGUAUUUCUAUUGUAUUCGUAAUACGUCGUAAGUUCAUCGCACAAUGGAAAUAUAUGGUACAUUAUUAUUUUUUUUUUAUUCCAAGAUAUCCAUAAAUUAAAAUUUAUAAUCACCCGCGCCUCAUUUUGUGUCGCAAACCAUGGCCAAUGGUAAUAACAAUAUAAUAUUAUAAUAUUACGUUUAUAUAUAUUUAGAUUCUUAGCGUGGCGAGAAAUGUGUUAUUAAGGAUGAUUAAUGCGAUGUGUAAUUUUUAUUUCGUUUCUGUAAAUAGCUUUUCGACAAGAAAUCUUGUUCCAAUUAAAAACGUUAAAGGAAUUUUUAGUGGACAGUUUUGUCUAGUCGGUAUACUGUAUAAAUACAUUGGUGUUAUUCGUUUUUAAAAAGGAAUGUAUUAUGAAGAAAUGCAUUAGGUGUUGAAGGAAUGUAAAUUAUUAAUGGUUCAUUGAUGUUUUGUCAUUAACGACGAUUAAUAUGAUGUGUAGUAUGUGUACAUAUUUUUGUGUCUGUAUUAAACAAUUUUUCGAUAAGAAAUAAUGUUCCGAUCGAAAACGUUAAAGAGACUUUCUAGUAGACAUUUUGUCUAGUUGAUGCAUUGUUUUUGUUUAUUUUUUGAGAUUUUCUUUGUUGUUCACGCAGACAAACUAGGGGGGAAAAGUGAGGAAAAAUGGGAAUAUUUAAUGAUAGAAUAUGGUUUCGGUUCAUUUAAAUGAACCAACCAAUAAAAAUUUCUUUUCUGAACGAUUUUUGAUUUUCUUUUUGUUGUUUUUGUAUAAUUCGAUUAAAAAUAAUCGUAUAGAGACCAACAAUUUGCAUACCAUAAUUAUAUUACACCUUUAUUUUUAAUUUAUUUCACCUUUACUGUUUUGCGUUUGAAAUGGUCUAUCGUUACACUAUGUAUUAUACUAAUCGAUUAUAUUAUCCUAAUAUAUUUAUUGUAUAUACCUUCCCGACUUUCCACUUAUGACAGCGGCCUAUUUACGGGCAUAGGCGCAACUGGAUCGAAAUUUCAGAUGAUGCUUAAAUUUUAAAGAGUACAAAUAAUCUUUAUUUAAGUUUUUACCUUUUCGACGUAGGUAUUUAGUAAUAGACUGGCACUAGAUUGGUCAACGGAGAUUCAAUCAUUUUAUGAUCCAGUUUCAUAUUGUGGACCUAGUAGGGUAUAGUCUCAUCAUUUUUUUUUUUUUUAGAUUCUGCAAAUACAAGCUUUAUCUAUAUUAUUUUUUUUCUGUCUGUUAACAACUUUUCAACCAGAAACCUUGCUCCAAUUUUCAAGUGAAAGAUUUCUUUUUAUUUUCAACCGAAUUACAACAAAAAAAUUAAAUCAAAAAUAAUAAAAUCAUUAUAUCCGUAAUCAUUUUCGUAUUUCCUACGUUUUGUCUAGUUAUUUAUCGUUAUAAAUAAAACUAUACGAUUUUGGUCUUUAAGAUUAUCCCGUCCAACAUAUUUGUUUCCCCCUUUUCCUUUCUAGUGAUAAUUCUUUUCAAUCUUCUCGUGGCACCUUUUUUUUUACGUCUUCGUUUACUUUGUCUUCCCCAUAUUAAUCUUGGACGACUAAUGGUAUUUUUCCUUGGAAGGGGGGAGUCGUUUUCUUGGACCUUCUUUCGCAGCGAUCGUUCCUUACGCCAUAUGUGCCCAGCCUAGAUUAGUCGUUUCUUGGCAACGUUUUCCACAAUACUUGAGCUUUGAUAUAUCUCUUUAAGUAACUUAUUUUUCCGGAAUCUCUAUUUUCAAGUAUUUAUGUUUUUACAUUGGCUAUAUAUUUUUGUAUAAUCGUUUAAAUUGUUUAAAAUACGUUUUUAAAGCCGGGAACUUGAUACGUUCGCAACAUAUAUCUCCAUAACUGCCGUAGCCAGUCCGCCACUGUAGGUAUUUUAUUCAUGUGGUAAUGAGUGUCGUUAGUACGUAUACGACAAAACAAAAUAAUUGUAGUAGUCUAAAAAUUACUUUAAAUUACCAAUAUCCCCGAGCUUAAUGCCAUUGAUAAUAUUUCAUUGUGGUCAUUAUUAUUACUAUCAAGCCUGAAACCAUUCUCUUUUUACAAAUCUAAAAUAAAAUAAUUCAAAAUGUAAGUGUUAAAAUAAUGAACUUGACCAACGAAAAACAUAAUAUUGAAAUUGAACGUAAAAACCAAAAACAACGGCUAGGACAAUCGGGGAGUGCUUACACGUUGAGCCCGGGGGCACUCAAGUCUCUCUAGUGUUGUCCUAGUUGCGCCAUGUCUGCCUAUGUCCUAUAUUCUACUUAUUUAUUUAUUAUUUGCAGUUAGACAAUUAUAAUUAAAUACAUUUAUUAGGGCGGUCCCCGUUUUUAUAUUUUCAAAAUGUCAAUUAACUCGGAUCCCGUUAACUUGUUUUUAGUAACGCGAGAAAAAAUGUUACGAAAAAUCGCAUAACGAUAACUCACCUCUUUCACGUCCCUAGAUUUUUUUUUAGGAGGGUGUUUUAAUUUUGUGUUUAGAUGUAACUUUAUAACUUUAUUGUGCGCAUGUAACACACAUAACAUUAUAUUAUGUUAUGUGUUAAUUAUUAAGUAUAUUAUAUACACAAUAUUUAUUAUCUAUGUAUCUAUGCGUAACACAUCUUGUAGAAAUCCGAUGCAUAACUGCAUAUAAUAAAAAUUAUAAUUGUCCGCAUAAAUAUAGUCAAAGAGGGGAGUUUGAACACUAAAACACCCCCACCCUCUUUCUCCCAACGUAACUGCGACAACGGAUAGUAGUUUUCCGAUUUUUUUGGAUUUAAGGGGGGGGGAAACCCCGGAUAUAACUCUUUAAAGUUUAAAGGACCAUUAUUGGGAAUUUCCGAUAAAAAAAAAAAAAUUAAAUAAGUAAAUACAUUAUUUAUAUAUUUAUCUUAUAUAUAAAAUUCUCGUGUCACGUGUUUGUGGUGGUCGCACUCCUCCUAAACAACGAUUUUAUUGGAAAUUUUUGUGUAUAUUUGGUAAGUCUGAGAAUAGGUCGUAAAGUAUACACCAAAUAAUUUAGUUUUAAGUAUAAUAAAUACAAUUUUUUUUUUGUCGAUUUGUGUUACCCCGGUAACAGGGAUGACAAAAAAUGGUGAUUUAUUAUUAUUAGAAAUUAAUCGGAAUAUAUCACGUGAUCAUCAAAAUCGGUCCAGCCAUUCUUGAGUUAUAAAUGGUGUAACUAACCCAAAUUUGUUUUAUUUGUAUACUUAUAUGUAUUUUGUUCAUUCAAGGGUUGCCAUGGAAAAGAAAAAUAUAAUAAUAAUAAUUAUUAUUACUGUUAUUUACACUAUUCAAAUUUCACAAUAGAACACAUUUAGUCCGCCGAAGGUGGACUACCCACUUUUCACCUAUUUGUUUUCAUUCAAUUCUAAUAAGGCCAAAACCAAAAAUGAAUACGGGUAAAAUAAUAACAGUACAAAUUGGCACGGAUAACGCCGGGCGCGGGACAGCUAGUAUAUCAAUAUAUAUAUAUAUAUAUAUACAUAUUAUUCUUAAAGUUCACAAAAAGCGCUUAAAAAGUCAUAAAAGCCCUAAAAAUAUCAUUAAAAAAAUAUUUAAUAGAGCAAUAAAAGUAGAUGGUUUUAAAAGUUUCCCCGUCUAUGGUUUCUGACUUAUCGAAAACAAUUUUUUAACAUUAAAAAAAAAAAACCGAUUAUUACAAAUUAUUAUACUAAUUUUCUUCAAGUAUACUUGUACGAGUAUAAAAAAAAAAAAAAAAAACCGUUUUGUAUUAAUUAUUAAUUGUUAGUGUUAGAAAAUAGUAUUUAAUAGAACCGUUAAGAGCGGAGAUUUUAAAACCCCAUUACCAUUUUUGUUUUUUUUCAAUAUUUUUUCAAUUUUUUUUUGCGGAUUUUAAGUGCAUACAUAUAAAUCCGUUCUCUAUAAUUAUUACGCGUAUACGCGUCGACGGUAAGCCGUCAUAACUAGGGUCCGAAUCUCUAUGCUCUAAAACCUUAGAAAUAUACGCUAAACAAAUACGCAUUUAUGUUUUUUUUUUUUUUUUUUUUGUAAAAAUAUACCCUUAAAAAUAAAACAUUUUUUUUUUUUUUUAAUUUGUAUUACAUUUGUCUUUGUUUUUAAAGUAGACACACGAACGAUCGGACGACGCUUACAACAAAAUCGAUUAAAAAAAAAAAAAAAAAACUUUGUAUUUCCGCAGUUCUAUGUUCACAGCGAUAUUCAAACCCGUGUCUNUUACAUUUGUCUUUGUUUUUAAAGUAGACACACGAACGAUCGGACGACGCUUACAACAAAAUCGAUUAAAAAAAAAAAAAAAAAAAAUGUAUUUUAUUUUAAUUAUUUCUACGGUCAUUUUUAAACCAAUAUAAAUACAAAAUAUCGAAAAACAGUAAAAUACACGUACGAAAUAAGUUGAAAAAAAAAAAAAAACUUUGUAUUUCCGCAGUUCUAUGUUCACAGCGAUAUUCAAACCCGUGUCUUGUCCAGCUAUACUUUCCGGACUGUGUAAUGAAUAGAGAAACAAGAAAAGAAAAACGCGCAUAAAUCCCCGGGACGUACGACAGUCGUGCAGACUCACGACCGUUGUCGCGCGCGCGCGUUCGCAUUACAGUGCCCACUCGUUCGGGCUCGUGUAUUUACCCCGUCAUAAAACGUCGCGUUUACAUUUCGGUACGGUGCCGCGAGAUUUUCCACAAUUACGCGCGCAGUUGCGCAACGUCAACGCGCCGCACGCGCGCGCACCGCCCGUACGCCCCCGCCGCCGUAAGCGUAAUACGCAAUUUACAUUUACGUAUGUAAAGUGUACGCGGCGGCGGCGGCGUUGCGCGGGUACAGUAACGUACACGCCGCGUUAUUUGACAAAAACGCGGGAACACGUCGUAACAACAACAACAACAACAACAACUACAACAACAAUAAUAACAACGCCGACGACAACGUUUACGCGCGCAGCGUUGUGCGUGCAGGCGAGAGAUACGACAAAUGGCCAAUGAAUUGCGCAACGUCACGACGCGCGGCGUAUACCUGUAGGUGUGCGCGCGCGCUCGCAUUGAUGGACAUUCGUUGUGACACCGCGUCCCGACGGAACGUAUAAUAAUAUUGUUAUUGUUAUUAUUGUUGUUGUUGUUAUUACGUGCGCCGGUGUUCGACAAUGACGGGCGCGCGACGGUUACGGAGAAAUAAACGACCGCCGCGGCGGCGUGGCGGAAAACUCCCGAAAACGCGAGCGGAAAUAAAUACGAGGCCGUCGCCGUUAUUUAUCGUACGUGUUUACCUGCCGCCGCGACACGAUAUUUCGUCACGGCGGCGCGCGACUUGCUCGGCGCGGCGCGAUCGAUUUCGAUCCGGCGCGGCGGCGUGGCUCGACUGGGGAUGGGGGUGGGCGCCCGGGGGGAUAAGGGCGGGAUCCGGGAAUUUUCCGAGCUGGUAGGGCGCGCGCUUUUUGCCCCGGUUUUUCUUUUUUUUUUCCGUCGAAUUUCGCGUUUUCAAAACAAUACGGCGGCGGUUCGGAACGCCCGCGCGCAUUUGAUACACGAAAUAAUAUUUCCAUGCGAAAGUAAACACCCGUAGAAAUGCGUACGGUCCGCGCACACGGUCGGCGGGUAGGUAUGCUGCGACGCCGGUCGGUUAUUGUACCGGUUCGAUUUAUGGAUGUUUAAUUUCGCGAAAUUUCCAAACGUUUAAAACGACUACGCCGCCGUAACAUCCGCUAGUCCCGCAACGGCGACGCUGUAAUGCGUCGGUUGUUCGCACGCGGUUCUAUUUCAGCCGAUUGUUUAUAAUCGUUUUAAACACUGUUAUUAUUAUUAUUGUGUCCGUGGAGAGAAAAAGAAAAAAAAUCAAAACUUCAGGAAAUCCGUUAUGGACGUAUGUAGAUAGCAAAAGAGCUAGAAGAGCCCGGCGAGAAAGCGAAGCAAAAGCAGCGGUUUUCCCGCGUGCCGGCGAAAUAUUCAAGAGAGAUACACAAGAAAAAAGCUUCUUGUCGGCACGAUUAUAAAAUAUAUAAAUACAUGGAAUACAUUUUUUAAUCAACUUAUAGGGGAGGGGGAACCCCUGGUGCCACCACUGAAUCCUCCGCUAACGAUCCAGCGAUUUUCCCGCGGAGGAUUUCGUGUGAAUUCGAUUUCUAUUGUUUUAUCCCAGGAGAUUGCUAAAAACUGACAAGUCACUCGUAUUAUAGUUAUGCCACAGUGUAUUCAAAAAGUUUCGGGGGAAUACGUGGAAAUAAUUUUUUAAACUUGAACUCUCUUUAUCACAAGUAAAACUAUAGUAAAAGGCGAAAUUCUCUGAAAACUUUGCAAAAGUACAAUUGAAUUUUAGGCGAAACAGUCGCCCGUAAGCUGAGAAAAAGCGCAUAUCGUAAAAGAAUCAGAAUCUAAGGACAUACACACCGUAGUAAACCGUGCAUUCCUCGCUCAACUCAGAAUCUGCGAUACCCGCAGAACGAAUAAAAUAAUAACACACCACGGUGUUUCGGCGCCGGUGUUAUAAUAUUAACUUCCGCGACUAAUGGAACCAUUAACAUAAUGCAAUUAGGCGUGUGCAGGUAAGUCGUUAAAAUCAGUAAACGAUGACGAACACUGAAUACGCUUAACAAAAUAUUACUUUUAAUCGAUUGCAUAUUUACUUAAGCACUUCAGAUAUAUAUCGGUACCUAUGGGUAUAGGUGUGUAAGUGCACGUUUGUUUUUAUUCGACUGUAUACAUAUAAAAAAAAAUGUGUAAAACCUGAAAAAUUAGAGACCGUGAUUAGCAUUAAUGACAACACCGUUGUCGAAAUACGUAUUCUUUAAACAAUUUGAAGGAUUUUCGUGGUUUGUAUUUCAUAUAUUUAAUUAUACGGUUAGUCAUAUUAUUUUGGUUAAUUAAUUUGAUUUGACUGCUGUUCGUUAUUUAUUUACGCUACGUCGACGAAAUAAAAAAAUAAAAAAGAACUGAUACUGCUGAGGUGUGCCACAGUUGUAGAUGGCAAGGAAGGAUAAAUGAGGUGGCGUAAUUUAUAUCUGUACGUAACGAUAAAUCAUUGUCAACGCAAAACGAUUCUGAGCCAAGUUCGGUUAAUCGUGUGUGUUGAUAAACACGAAUUGAAAAUUGCGUUUAUUUGUAACUAUAAAAUAAAUUACAAUUCUCCGUAUCGAAUUGUUGAGUAUUUUUAUCGGGUCAAAAAAGUCGAAUCCGCGUAAACCGGAAAACAGUACGCGUAUUACUCGAAAUGCUGUCGGUUUUCGUCAAAAUCUGAAAGCGAAAUGUUUAUUAGAAAAUCUCGAUUAUACAGAUUUUCGAUAGCUAUUGGAGUACCGCAGAGCAAUUUUCGAGCAUUUUUGAGUGAUAAAACAAAUUUUAUCCACAUAAAGAAAAUACACAUGCACACACCCACACAUCGUAUUAAAACCAAUACAAAUAACUUAACUAAAAAUAAGAGACGAUAAAAAAAAAAAACGGAAAUAAUUUUGUUAAAUAUAUAUGUAUAUAUUUGUAUUUUAUUUUUUCAUUUCACCGCUUUUCACAAAUCACAAUAUUCAAUUGUAUAUUCCGUUUCACAUCACAAUAAAUAGUGUAUUUUUUUAUUUUUUUAUUUUUUUAGAAAAUAUAAAAAUAUAUUUUCAAUCUAAUCUGCUGUAGUAUAUUUUUGUACAGUACAAUAAACACAUUUUAUAACUUUAUACAUAUUAUUAUUACCAAUAAGUUCGAUAGAAAAAGUAAAAAAUCAUUUAGUGAGAGCGUGCAUAUUUCCCUCGAUUCAAUAUUAUAAUAGUUCUCAGUUCUCGACGUUUUUUUUUUAUUUUUUUUUCAUUUUUUUCUGUGUACAAUAGGUGAACAAAACAAAAACAAAAAAAAUCACACAAAAUAGAACAAAUGUAGAUUUUCUGGAUAACAGAAUGUUUAAGGGGGGGAAAAAAAGUACACGUUAACUUUCCCAACCAACAAGCAGGUAAUAUAUAAUAUUAUUGUUACAAAAAUAAUUUGCUCACACGAACUACGGUUUUUUUUUUUUUCCCAGAUAACUCCUGAUUAUAUUAUUAUAAACGGUUUUCGGCGUAAUGCAACCAUAUUUGUAUUAUAAUGUCGUUUCCAUAAAUUAAGGCGAUAUAAUGGUAAUAAUAAUAUUAUCUAUGAUACACGUAGGUAUUACACGGUUUUUCAUAAUAUCAACUCGACAGGUAUUUUCGAUUUUCACAGUGUACACCCGUGUUGGUUUACUGUAUAGUUACACAUUACGGUGUCAAUCACACGAAUAAUCGCGCGGCGGCAUAUUUCAAACCAUGUAAUAAUACAAUAAGCGGGGCGUACCUAAAUAGUACACACCUGACAGUUUUAAUAAAAUAUUAGGUGCCUAUAUCGUUUACACCUUUUGCGAAAAUAUCAUUUUACUUUUCGUCAUUUUCGUCGUCGAUGUCGAAAAUCCCAUAAUUUACGCGCCUGCUAUACCUGUUACGAUAUUAUCUAUUGUUAUUAAGUUGAUAACACAUAUGGACGAUCCACAAAACUGUAGUGUGCACACACCCCGGCCGAUAGUAUUGUAUAUAGGAAUGGAAAAUAAUAAUUUUUUUUUUAUGGAUUCUAAGCGCCCCGCGCCGAUGUUGUGUUUUUAUUAAUCAUUUAUUUAUUUGUAAACUGAUUUUUAGCAGAAAUCUUGAUUCAAUCAAACACUUAUAUUGUUAUAGAAACUUUUUUGUAGAAUCAAAUUUAUUGUAGAAAUAGAUGAUUAUUUUUCUUUUUCCUUGUAGUUUUUUUAACAAUUGAGGAAAACUUAUGGCAAUAUAGAUUUCGUGUUGUUUUCGAAUUUGGUGAAAUAUUCAAAAUUCUAACGAUUGUUGAGAUAUAUGUAUUUAUUGGCAUUAGACAUUUUAGAUUUUUUUUUUUUGUUAUUAUUUAGUUUUGUGUUGAUAAAGCAGAAUUGACCGAGCAGAAAUGCUUUGAAAUUUAACACACAAUUUUUAAGUUGUACUUAUGUGGUAAAAAAAAAUAAAUUAAAACCGUAAUUAUAAAAUCUUCAGUUUAUCUAGAGUAAAUUUCAUCCAUAUACGUGUAUCUUUAAACAUUAUCAUACUAAAUUAUAUCUACUAUAGAUACAACGUGGUUCAAUCUUACUACAAUAAAAGAUAUACGUUCGUAUUUUAAACAAUUCUUUAAAAAAUAAAAAUUAAAGAAGUCUACAUGCCGACUCCGACUUGGAGAGCGGUUUGUUUUUUUCUUUCCUAUAGAGUGAUUUUCUUCGUUAUACUAAUAAAUUAUAUAGGAUAGUUUAUCAUCUGCACGCAGUCCAUUUUUAUUUUAUUAUAUUAAUCAUAUAGAUAUAAUAUCUGUUUGAUAUUUUUGACAUUAGGUUUUUAUUGCCAAAGCGGUAGGGAUUGUCUAGUAUAUUAUGGUUGUCAGAUACUUAUAGAAAAUACGGUCUGCGGAUUAUUAUAUUUUAAUUAUAUUUUAGAUUACCAUAGCAGUAAUUGGGUUUGUUUUUGUAAAUAACCAAAGACUAAUCUAGUUUGUCGUUUGGAACAAUUAAAAAUAUUAUUGAUGUUUUGAUGUGUACACGGGAAUUGAGUAUAGAGAGUAGAAAGGUCAUAUAUUAUACAAAUCAUAUAACAUUAUCAGUUUUUAUGUUAAUAUUAUUUCUGAUCAAACAAACUGUACACCUUUUAUAAGAUUUGUUGGACCAUAUCAACAUUUUUACUCGAUGUAUAUUUUAUCGAGAAUGUUGUCAAUUAUCGUUGGACAAAUUGUUGACAUUUUGUAUAAACUAAAUUGCUAGUUUAUCUCGUGUAUACAAAUCGUUAGUAGAGAAACAUCGAUAAUAAAUCCAGGAAUUGCGCUAAUGUGCAGUUCUAAAAGAAAUAUUACGCAGUUCUUAAAAACCAUUAAGAAUUUUCUUCAGUAAGUACAACAAAUAAGGGCGAAAAAGCUUCAAAAGUAUUUUAUUUUAAUGUUGCGUGUUACUCAAAGCUUCAAAUAAUAAUAGUCAUUGUGAAAAUAGGGAAGAAUUCAUUGUCAUCAGAAGUCAUUAUACAAAGAAAUAAAAUCAUCUUGAUCUUUAUUUUGUAUAGUUCAUUCAAAAUGUUUUAAAAAUAUAUAAUUCUUAUUAAAAUGCCAAAAUAAAGGACAUGGAGUUAGUUAAAAAAAAAUGUUGGUCUCUAAAUGUUUUCCCAACUACAGCCAUAAAAUAGGCAUGCACAUUUUAAUAUUUUUCCGAGCACAAGCUCUAAAUAUGUAAUUUUUUUUUUACUAUAAUAUACGUAUGCAUACGUUUGGUUAUUGUGUUGUCCAUAUAAUCUGUUGUAUGGACGUUUUAAAGUUAAUAAUGCGUCCAAGACAAACACAAUUUCGAUGCAAAAAUUAUUAUACCUAGGUAUAUAAGCUUUUCACGAUUAUUAUGGAUAGAUACGAAUUAGUUGCAUUAUUGCAUUAAGUAAAACGUGCAGUGUAGGUAGAUAUUUACUUUAAAUAAAAUAUAACAUGUCGACAAGAUUAAUAGUGUUCAUAAAGUAGAUCAAUAACGUUUUAGGAAAUUUAUUGAGAAACUGCUCCGAACUUGCAGAAUACCUUGAUAUUAUAUAUAUAUUUAUUUUUUUUUAAACAUUUUUUUAUUUUUUUUAUUAACUGCAGCACUAGUUACGGGUUUGACCACGCAACUUCAAGUUCUCGCGCCGCGGUCCUUACAUUAAUAACAACAAUAAUAGUAUUAUAUAUCUAUAGUUAUUAAUAAUAUUCAAUAGUUUGUACAGAGUUCAAAAUUGUUUAUCGUAAAUGUCGAGUACUUAGGUAGUUAUUAGUUUGAUAGGUACAGUUACUAUAUUUGCCAAUAUAUAUGUAUAUAAUAAUGUAAGAAAACUAUGGAAUUCAAAACAUCGCGGUACCUAUGAUAUAUAUUAUGGAUACUCUAUACUCGACUACUACUCGUGUAAUAUGUGUGGGUACGAAAACAAAACGUUUAAUAAUUUAUAACAAAAAGCGAUUUAUGAUUGCUAUUAUAGGACAUUGAUUACGCGCAUAUAUGUGUAUAAUAUUUAUGUAUCAUUUUUAAUACCUGUUUGUAGCGGUAACAAUAAUGAUAAUAAAAACGAACAAAAUUAAGUACAAAUUAAGUUGUAAUAAUGUAAUUACUAUCGGACUAAUAAUAUUACUUACUAUCUGCGGGACGGAUAGCCUUGACUAUCUAUACAUAACACGUAUGAUUAUGCUCUGCAGUAGGUAUAGUUACUAAUAUACAAAGUAUACCUAAUAUCCAUGUAAACGUUGUGAAACCUCCUUUUUUUAACAUUCGCAUGAAACCAGUUUAGGAAUUUAUGUACAAUAAUACCUAUAUGUUGUACGGGUUUAGAUACAUGAUUGUAUGGUAUUGAAUUUUUCGAUAAAUUAUCGCGAGUAUAACAUAAUACAACAAUAUUCGUUUUCGAAAAUAAAUAUUCGCGGUUGAAUAUUCUCAUGAUACAGUAUGCCCGUGGUGAUCGAUAAUUUUUUAUUAUUUGCCCAAUAUAAUAUAUUUUAAUCGCGGAUAGGCGUGUACACACAUACACAUUACACACACUGCACUGCACUGCAUUGCCGAUAUCUGCAGUUGUAUAUAUACACAUAACAAAGAAAACUACUAAUAUCAAAAACGAACGUCUACACCGCUACCGUAACAUUCGGUAGCGGUUUGUGAGCCUAGUGAGCUUUGGUGUUGGAUAAAGAUCAGUUUGGAAAUAUCUAGAUAAUCACACGAGAUGAUAAUUGCUGGAAUAAUUACUUGGACGAAGGUAAAAGAUGCAUAACAAUUCAACUAUCUAGAUAAAUAUAAAUAAUCAGACAUUAUUUUAUCUAGAUGAAAAAAAAAAAUGUACAUAAUUUUGUUCAUUAGGUACCUAUCGUAAAACUAUGAAGCGCUAAAAGCAGUAAACGCAUUCCAGGUUUAGUACAUAAUAUCUAGAUUUAGAUGUGCUGUGUAAUUAUUGAUGUAACUUGACGAUUAAUUCAUCAAGUCAUAUUUAUAUAACUUAAAUAGUUGAUCUAUUGUUUUCGAUAAAUAUUAAACAAUUACGAUUUAAAAAGAUUUGUCUAGAUUAAUUAUUUAUCUGGAUGAUUCGAUUAACUUUACCCCGGAUAACGAUUCAGAAAAAAAUAUUUCUCAUUUAUCCAGAUAAAAUAGAACAAACGGACAUACCUAUUUAGAUUAGAAACACAACACUGUUUAAUGUAAACGAAGAGGCGAAUACACAAGUUUUAAUACAUUAAUAUUCUAUGUACAAUCAGAAAUUAAAAAAAACGCGGUACUAUUAUAAUAUUGAUUUGUUUUUUGUUUUGUUGAUUUUAGACUUCAGUAAUCAAUAAUUGUUUUUGAAAUUUGAAAAUAACCUAUAAUUCGAAAGAAAUUCAUUUGUAAAGUUUUGAACGACGACAUAUUUACACUUGUGAGUUUUUAUUUUAACGAGAAAAUUGUUUUUGGGCGUCAAACUCGCCUCGUCUGUCGAGCAGCCGCUAGUAACAUUCGUAAAUCGUUAAAAAAAAAAAAUAAUGAAUCGCGUUUUGUUAUUAUUAGACAGAGGAAUAGAAGAUAUUAAAUUAUUACACCGCGAAUCUGGUCGUCGACCUAUAACCCAACCUAAAUUCUAUACAACAGUAAUAACCUAAUCUAAUGUACCUGCAAUACGGCACAACAAUUAAUUCCGACUGUGUGACCGGCGAGGCGUUUUUUUUUCUAUCUUGAAAUUAAAUUUAACACCGCGGUCGUACUACAUGAUAAUAAUAAUAAUAGUAAAAUUACAUACGCCGAUUUAUUUUUCGAUUUUUUUUUUUUUUUAUUAUUUCUAAUCGUCUUUCGGGUGGUCUUUGGGCCGAUACUAUUCCAUCGAGGAUGGGACAUAAAAUAAUUUACACGCAUAUUUUUAUAAAUCUACUACUGUACUAAUAUACCACGGCGGCGGUGGCGUCAGCAUGUGGUGAAUUUUUUCUCAUUCUUUCAAAUCGAUUUAGAUUUGUAUUCAACCCGAUGUCUGAUGCUGCAGUAUAGAUAACAAUAAUAUAUAUAUAUACAAUAGGUAGGUUACACUUGAAAUCGAUAUAAACGUACGACAACAAUAUCUUAUCAACACCCAUUAUUAUUGUACGGGUAUCGUCGUUUUCGAUCAUCUGUGUAUUAUUAUUAUUAUUAUUAUUAUUAUUAUUACUAUUACUAUUCUAGCUCCCGUUGUCACAAUAGAUUAUAUUAAGAAAAAAAAAAAAAUGUCUCGAGGAGAUAUUUUAUUUUUAUUAUUAAUUUUCUAUUAUUGUAUACGAACGCACGUGCUAUCAAAAAAAAAAAAAGAAAAGAAAAAAAACAAAUUUACAUCUAUUAAAAUUAAACGGUAUUUUGUAGUGGUUUUUUUCUUUUUUUUUUUCUUGACAAUAGAUUAUUAUAAAUAUUAUAUAAAGACACUAUAGGUAUUAUGUAUGGGUACCUAUAUAUUUACUGGGAACGGUUUUAACAGCGGCGUGCGCGCGUGAAAUGUUUCAAGCUGUAGUACAACCGCCGCGUCGUUGUUGUUAAAAAAAAAAAUAAAUAAUAAUAUUAAAAUAAUAACAUAUUUAUAGGUAGCAUUAGGUGAUGUCGAAGUGGUAUGUACACACGUAUACACAGUACCUACUGCCGGUAACCUUCGUCCAUCAACAAAACGCCGCCGCGAGGACUUUCACUUAAUAUAAUAGUAAAGGUUUAUAAAAUAUAAUAUAGGGCAACUAUAAUAAUAAUAAUAAUUUGUUUUUUAUUUUUUCGCUCAAAUUUCUCAAUUUAUACAACUAUAAUACAGCCAACCUAUAAUAGGUACAGGUAUACACUGUAUAAUAUAUUAUAAUAACAUAACUGCAAUGAGUGAUACUGUCAGUAACAAUACAUAAUAUUAUUAUUAGGUAGGUAUUUUAAAAUAUAAUAUGUAAUAGAUUUGGCCAACGGAAUCGAUUUACCCGUGGGUACCUUGAAUUCGUUUUUUUCCCCUAUACAAUUAUCAAAAUGGUUUUCGAUGUCGUUCUUUAUUAAAACGCGUAUAGUCGUGUCGUUGUAUCCGAAUGCGUCGUGAUUAGGUUAAAACCUUAAAACGUUUUUUUCCCGGUUUUUUUUUUUUUGCUCGUGUUCGCGGUUAAUUUCAUUCCCCCCGAAACCCUGAAAUGCGUAUACAAUGCGUACGGAUUACCUAUAUUACUCGAUAUUCCUUUUAUUCUGUGCGCCGCGAGACUGUACGUAUUUAUAGCAAAACUAAUAAUAUUGUCAACGAAUCCCCUAACCUUACCUUCGCGUCUUUACGGGCCAUUAUCGAUUUCCUAAAUAAUAAUAAUAUUCCUAUCGCUUUUGCAUUAUACAGGCAUGGUUUUUAUUAAUGUAAUUUACGAAAAAAAAAAAAAGAUGUAUUGUAUUAUUAUUAUAAAGGUUUUUGUACAUUUCAAUAAUGCUCUGAAUGGUAAGGAUUUCAAGUUCUUUUUUUUUUUUUUUUUUAAAUCAACAUCUUUUCAUUAUUCCAACUUUUGAAAAUCAAACCUACCUAUAUCGAUUAAAAUAUUAUUUACACGAUAGCGUUGUAACGGUUGAAUUCAAAUCGUGAACUGAUAAAAAUGGCUUGGCUAAAUAUCUAUUCUACUUGUUUAUAUAAUAAUAAUAAAAUAUCAAAACGUGCGUAUAGAUCUGAAAACGGUUCAGCUAACAUUUUGUUAAUUUAAUACGUAAUUUUGUUAUCUUGUUGAACCGAAUAUUAUAAUUUACCGUUUAAUGUCAAAGUAAAUAUCUGAUGGAGUAAAAAAAGAAAAGAAAUCGAAACGUGAUUUUUUAAAACAACGUGUAGUAAUAAUAUUGGUCACGCAACGGACAAACGAAGAGAUGAAAAGUGAUGCGGUUUCGAAAACGAGUCUGUACGUUCGUUUCGAUAAACCGUUUCGAACCUUCAAAACGAUUUCAAUUUUCAAAAGCUACCCCUAGUGCAAAUUUUGAAAACUGUUUUAUGUUUUUAAAGUGUUUACACGACGUGAAUAAGAUUUAAGUAAAUACCAAAACGAUAUCACUUCAAACCGUUUUAAUGACAUCACAUAAUAAACGUAUAUUAAUAUUAUCUUGUGUAUAAUAAUAUGUAGGUAUCUAAUAUUUUAUACAUUUGUUAAUUUUAUCGUUUAUUUGCUGCAGGAAUAAAACGCAUGAUAAUAUAGUCAAGUCAAAAGUGUUUACGGUUUUUUUUUUUUUAAAAAAAUGAUAAUAUAAUAUUAUAGGUAUAUAUAUGUUUUCCCUUUUCUCUGGGAUACAAAGCAGCGAAACAUUGUGUUUUAUUACGCAACAUUGCGCGUUCUUAUUAUUUGUGAUUCGGCAAAAAUUUCCAUACCGGAAAAAUCGAAAUAAUAUUGUCAUUUCGACAUUUUUGAAAGUCUAUACACAAUGUAUUAUGUGCCUACGUGAUUGCGCAGACCCGAAUCUUUAGCCCAAAAACGAUUUCGAGUGUCUAUAUAAUAUAUUCUGUUGGGCAGGUAUAGGUACCUACCCAGCUAUGAAUUAUCAUAAUUACACAUACCAAAAACAAAUCAAAUUUGUAUUAUAAAGUUGUUGGUUUUUUAUUUUUUGAAAUCAUAUCUACCUUUUUAAUGCAUAUAUAUAUAUAUAUAUAUAUAUAUAUAUAUACACACACACACAUGUAAUAUUGAUUGGCGAAUAUACGAUUUUCGUAUCCAAUGAAUGAUGAUCGUUUAUACGUAACAUAAUAAUAAUAUUCACAUAACAAUGAUAUCUAUUGGACAUUGUCGCAGGUAUAUAUACAAUGGCGAUCGUAUACACGUGUAAUAACUAAUAUCAGUAGGCAGCAAAAAAAAAAUAUAUAUAAAGGUACGUCGAAGACAUAAAACUAAACCGCGUUUGAUUUAAUAUAAUAACAUUAGUAUAUAAAAAAAGGAGUUAUAUAUUUUAAAUUUGAAUUAAAAAUAGGUUCGAAUCUUAGUCUAUAUUUUAUAUUAUGUCGAUUGGGAAAAAUAUGAAAUAAAUAGAGAUUAUUAACUUAAGAGAGACAGAAAAUUACCUUACUUUAUUAUUAUAAAAUAUAAUACCCUUAUUUUAAAUACGCUUUUUCAUUUCGAAAUAAUACGUACACAAUUCCAGCUCUCCUCUAACGAUUAAUGACAAAUUCAAAUUUCAUUUAAUUCAAUUAAACACAUUUCUGUAUGGUAUGAUAUUUUUAUCCCCGAGUCCUUUUUUAAUUUGCAAUAAUUAUAUUAUUUUAUUUUAAAUUGGUACUUACAUUACCUAUAUCAGGAUAUUUUUUUUUAUGCCUAAAUGGAAAUACAGUUGAGUCCAUUGGACACUCAGUAGUGUACAAUUUUGCUUACUGUGUGUCUACAAAAAAAUAGUUAAAUUAUUAGUAGAUUGUGUAACAAAAAAUUAUAUUUUAUGUAGAAAACACUCUCACUGGUAAAGGCAAGUGUAACUGGGGAAAGUACAAAAGUCGAGGAGAAGGCUCGGUCUAUCUGCUCGUGAAGCUUUUUUUAAUGGAAGGGAGAGUAAUGAACACGCAGUGGAUAUUCACUAAAAAAUGCACUGCAUUAUAAUAUUAAUAGCGGUUUUGGAAUUUACUGCGCGUGUAGAUGGGUUCAGCUUUCUACACAUAUUAUAAUAACAUACGUAAAAAUGUAAUUUAUAUAGCUUGUGAAAUUUAGGUCUGUUAUCCUUACUAUCACAGAACGUAGUUUUAUUCAUAAAAACUCUUAAAAAUAAAUAGAUUAUAACAAUUAUUAUUAUAGAGGAAUCAAAAUGGGUGAAAAGAGAAUUUGUUUGCGUCGACAUGAAUAUCAUUUUGGAAUAGGUAAAUCAGUUUUUCAAUUGAUUUACUUGUAUAUUUAAAUUCAUGUAUCGGACGUAAAUAUCAAAUUCGAUUGGUUAACAAAUAUUGUUAUUUUAUAGUUUAAUCUUUAAAUGAAAUAAUAUUUAGGUAAUGGGGAUUAAUGAUUACAUGUGUGUAGUAAUAUAAAAAAAAAAAAAAAACCAUAUUCAUCAUAAUUUGUGUUUAACGCAAUAAGUAAUAAGUAAGUUUUACGCAAUUGUAUAAGGACACAGGUAGGUACCAUCAAAUACUAUAAUUUAUUAUUUAAGUAGGUACCCACUAAUAUAAUAGGAUUUAAUUUUCAAACUGAAAUUUGUUUAUACGUUUUUAUUUUAUUAACUUUUUAAUUAAGUUACUAUUCGUGUAAUAAUAAUAUUAUUUAUAUAAGUACCUUACCUACCUGUAUUGAAAUUGGUUUAUAAACUUUAACGAUCUUAUAUACUUUUAAACUGUUCUAGAUUAAUCUAAAUACAUUUUAUAAUGCAAUUAUAAAUCUAGUUGGGAAACUUCAUUCUUAACCAAUUGAAAUAAUAAUAUGUUUAUAGGUACCUAUGAUUGGCGAUAUCUGAAAAGUUUUAAUUUAAAUCGUAUUAUUUACUUAUAUUAUAUUUAAUUAUUCAAAUUGAAGUCGACGUUGAUUUUUAAAUUUAAAAAUUUUAAAUAGAAAAUAUAAAAAAAACUGUUUAGUUAGUUAAGCAAAUAUAAUGUAUACCUAUAUAUUUUUUAUAAAAUUGUACCUAAUUGAAAAAAUAACCAAUUUGCGAAAUAUAAAUUACUUUAAUAGCUAGGUAUAAGUAUACUAAUUAGACAUUUGUGUCUUUGGUAUUUUAUUAUUUAUAACGAGCGAAACUUAUGAUUACUGUACGUAUAGAAUAUAAAAUACACUAUACACGUAUACACACUGCAACUGGAAUAUAUCAUGUGAUUAUUUUCACCAAGUGAAAUUCCAUCACGACUCUCUCUCUCUAUAUGCCACCGUUAAAAAAAAAAAAAAUACACAUAGGUACGUUUUACUCGAUUGGAUAUAAUUUCGAUUUGUAUUCUCGACGCUAAACGUACCUAGUUAAAACUUUAUCGAGUGACCCAGUAAUAUUUUCAUAAUAACUACUUUAUCAGUACACAUUUUUUAUGCUUAGGUGAAUGUAUAGCUAUAUUUUCUAUUUAUAUGCUCUUUUAUUUUAAUAUAUCUAUAUAUGUAAUAAUAAUAAUAAACAUAAAUAAAUGUGAUAUUAUAUUUUUUUGUUACGGAUUAUCUCUGGAACUGCUCCUCCAAUCGUUAUGCGGGUUUUUCAAAUUUUUUUUUAAAUUAUAGAGUAUAUUACGUAGAGGGUUUAAAGCUAUUGAAAUCCUGGAUAUGACCAGUAAAAGUAGUAGACCUAACCUGCAGUAGUUUGGGCUGAAUACAAAAUAAUAAAAAUUUAUAGGUAGGUAUUUUUCAUUACUUAGCAACCAUCAUAUGGCUAAUUUACAUAAGCUCGAAAAGAAAAUUAAAGAAAAUGCAUUUUUAAAAACUUUAGGACAACAACGGUUAAUUGCAGUGAUAAUGCCGGGGAUUGAAACAUGAUUUCCAGUGGGAAAACGGUUUUAUUACACAUUUGUUAGACACGGGCUAGUAUACAUAUAUAAUAUUUAUAUAUAUUAUGUAUGUAUUAUUGUAACUAUUAUAAUAUACCUAUAUGGGCUGUAUGUUUAUUUAAUAUUUAUUAUAUAUGUAUUUACGGUGUGUGCCCUCUGAGUAUAAUAUUAUAAUAUUUAUUAUUUUUUAGUGAUUUCUACAAUAUUCAUCACUAUCCUCUGUCACGUCUCUCAGUUAAUAAUUCUAAUAAUAAUAAUUGCAGUAUUCCAGAUUGUGUACUGCUUUUUCAGUACACGCUUUUAAGCGAGGUCACCCUGCAAGUGAUCGAUUUCCUAACGGAUUCAUCCCGUUGACUAUUCUUACAAUUAACCUCAAUUUUCGCAAUUUUAAGGCCAAUGUUCCGAGUUAAUAUUGAUCCCAGCCACCUAAAUUAGAGUACUUUAUUAAAACUAUGACCUUCUAUACAUUAUAGUACCUAUAUACUUGUUGGUAAUUUAUAUCCCUUCUUAAUAUUAUCACGUAAUUUGUUUUACUGAUAAAUAUAUAUAGGUAUAAUAUGCAAUCUAACCAUUUUGCUGUUUUUAUGAGUUUUCUGAAUGACUAUUUAAUUUGUAACCUAAAAUAACUAUAAUCGUGACGCCGACUUCCCAAUGCCGUAUGUCGGCACUAUUUUUUUUUUGUGAAUGUGAAAUUAUAGUAAUAAUAUUCUAUACAAAUAUUUAAUUUUUGUUUAUAGGUCAACAGCAGAGAUUCUUUUUGCCUUCAGGCAAUAACGGAAAUUUUGCCAUACCCCGAGGAUCGUUUCAAGAAGAUGCGGAUAGCGAUGAAGUGAUUGUUCCUCAACGUAGACUAUCUUCUGCUAAUCCAUUGCCAAUUCAAUCCAACCCUAGUUCAUCGAGUUUUUUUCCAUCCCAACAACAACUACCACCAGGGACAUUUACAAACUCUGGACCAUUUUCACGACCACCCACUGCUCAAUUUAUUUUGAAUGGUCAAACACAAUUUCAGGCCGUUCGAAGUCCAGGGUCUUUAAGUUUUUCUGAUACUUUACCUACUGUAUCACAGCCAUCAUUUUUUCAACAAGCACCAAUUCAGCGUCCACAACAGCAACAACAACAACAACAACCACCUCAACAACAGCCGCAGUUUAAUUUUUUUCAAAGUAAUUCUCAACAACAAAGAUUUCGACCAAUUGUUCAACAACAAGAUUCAAUUGAAGAGUUUGAAGAACAACAAAAUCCACAGCCCUCGUUAGUACCACAACAAUCGAGUCAAGAACGUUUUACUAGCGAUUCGUCGCGUCGGCCUUUAACUCAGAUUAACGGUAUACCAGGUGCGAGGAACCCUUCACCAGCAGGAUCUAUUAGAUGGUGGAAUCCCACACCAUCUGACACAGAAUCGGUGUCCGGCAAUGUUAAUAGUGAUGAAGAAUCAACAGUCGGUCCAAAAGACGAUUCAGCGGAAUUUAAUCAACAAAGACAAAUCCAAUCACAAAAGCGGGGACGUGUGCCACCCCAACAGGAAAAAAGAAGGCCAGCAAUAACUACACAUAGACCACAGUCUGGUCUAUCUUCGUUUCGAAACGUAAAUAAUUCGCCUGCUUCAGUUCCAGGCACGACAAUUAAUCGACGACCUACUACAUAUAAUCCAUCAUCUAUUAUAAUAUCAUCUACUACUUCUGUAAAACCCCCAUCCUUAAAACCUUCAGAAUCAUCCGAAGCCGUUAACAGACAACCGCCGAGUACCAUUAGAGGGAGAAAACCAGUAUUAUUUUCAACUACUACAACCACUGAAAGUACUUUAGAAGAUGAUCCAGAACAAGAGGAACCUCUACCCGUGGAAGAAAAGCGUCAAUUUAUUCCACGUAAAUCGACUACAACGACGCAAUCUCCUCAGUUUCCAAUUACCACAUUGAGGGCUGCUUUAAGGCCUAGACUAAAUUCUUCCGCGGUGUCUACCCCUCAACAACAACAACGAAUGAAAAAAAUUGUAAAUAAUCCUUCAAUACUUCAAAGCGUAAUGGUCAGGAAACCAAUACUGACAAGCACCAGUACAUCGACCCCCAAAACCACUACGCACCAUCAAAUAGUAGAAGAAUACGAAGAUUAUGAAGACGAAUAUACGACAGCAGCGCUUACAACAAUUGGAUCUACAAAUAGACCAAUAACUCAAUCACCUAUAACAAAACAGCAAAAUAAUAACACUUUAAUGACGACUUCUGAAAGUUGGUUCGUGGUUGCAAGUGUACAAACUAGUCGAUCGGUAUCGUCCAAUUCAGGUGGUGGGACAAAUAUGAAUCAUACAGUUCAAGAUGUAACAGAAUUUACAACUUCUAAUCCUACAAAUAAACAUCGAUUCAACAAUAAACCUACACCUACGACCCCUAGUACAACUACAGUUGAAAGUAUCAUCGAUAAAUUAGAUAGAGUUCAAUCAGAACUUUCAAAUGGGAUAUUAUACGGUAGCUCUUCGAAUACUAACAAUAGUAGUCGCAUUUUGACUGAAAUACAAAGUAGUAGUAACACUGAAGAUAAACGAAAUGAUGCAAUUAUACCAUUUUUUACAACUCCGAUGAUUGAGAAAACUACUGAAACGACUACUGCGACAACAACAACAACAACAACAACAACAACAACACCACCACCACCACCACCACCACCUCCACCACCAUCAACAACAACAACAACAACGACAACAACAAAAGCAACAACAACAAAAGCAACAACAACAACUGAAGAAACAGAAGACGACGAUAAAGAAGAAGAAGAAGAAGAGUCUGAUGAUUCUGAUAAAGAACCACAGUUUGUUCGGAAGUUUACCCCCUCUAAAGGAAGAACUACUCCUGCUACUAUAACUACUGUUAGCACAGUAAAAGCUUUAACACAGACUGGAAAGAAAAAGAGCUUAAUAGAUAAUGUUAAAUUUGAUGAAUUAUUAACCAGUGGAUUACUUCCACCAGGAUUUAACGCGAAACCUCCUCCAGCAUACAAAUCAAAGACAAUUACUACUACAACUGAAACCCCCGUAACUAAUACUGUUAAUAGUUUCAAACCAAAUAUUACUUCUAGUACUACGAUUAAUACUACACCUCUAACUAGCAGUACAACAGUUAAAUCAAAAUCGUCGAAUUUGAAUAUUAAGUUUACCGAUGAUUCAUCGGCAUUAGCUGCACUUUUACCACCAGGAUUCAAACUAGAAGAUGCUAUUAAACCUUUAGAUACCCUAUCUCCUUCUUUACUUCCACCAGGAUUUAAAUUACCUGCAGAAAAUGAAAAUACCACCGACAAAAGUAAAGAACCGGAAACAAUUUUAACAACAAUCAUGCCAACAAUCGAAGUAUCGUUAAGUACAACAACAACUCCAACAACUGUAGCUUCUAGCAGUACAACAGGAUUAGUUUUCCCUAAUAGUGGUAAAGGAACAAAUAACUCUGGAACUAGAAAACCAUUGCCAUCAAGUAAAAAGAUUCAAGCUUCAGUUACUAUAGCUCCAGUUAUUCAGAAGGGGUGGCCAGUUAGGUAAUUAUAAAUUAUUUUUUAUGGUUAUUGUCCGGGUAUAUAUAUAUAUGACAAGACGAUACAAGUUCUUUGACAGAGGUGUUAAGUUUAUGUUAAUUUAUAUUGGUCAAACCCAAAGAACACUAUUUUUGUUUGAUAAAAUCGAUUGAAUAUAAGUAAUUUCUCUUAUUUUAGGGCUACUACUGAAUUCACCGGUUGGUCCACUCCAUCAACUACGCCGCUUUCUAUCGAGAAAUUAUUACAACAAUCUAAAGCUUCGGAUUUAGCAAGUGCGAUGACAUCUACUUCAGAGCCAAUCUCUAGUACUACAACUACUACAACUACCACUACGACCACCAUGAAACCACCCCCAACCACAACACCUGGCCAAUGUUCUGAAAGUGAUUCAGUUUGCGAGCUUGUUGGUACAGUACGUUUAGUUGGUUCUGGAUCAGAAAAAUGGGUACCUGAAUUAUUAGACCACAAUACUGCAGAAUGGAGAUUAUUGGCUAGCGAAAUCGAAACACAAGUAAAUAUAUAUUUAUUUUGUAUUAUAUAAUAUAUAUAAUUGCUUUAAUUUAUUACUUAUAUAGCUCGAUAAAGUAUACAGCAAAUCACCUGCAUUGAGCAAAUGGUACAAAAAAAUAACUAUCGAUUCAUUUAGGUAUGUAUUUAGAACUUAUAAUAAUUAGUGUUUUUAACUUAUGAGUGUAAAUUGUAACAUAUUUUGUAUAAUAGUCCUGGAAAUAAUGAAAUAAGCGAUGGGAAAUCUGAUAAAAACGCCGGAGUGCUUGUUGACUUUUUCGUACAACUUAACCAACUUGGACGUACAGUCAGUACCACAGAUAUUCGACGUCUGUUUCAUGAAACGUUACAAAAAGAAGCUAAUCUAGGAUCUUCUGCGCAACCGUUGCAAUACGGAAAUGGUGGUGACUAUGAACGUGCGUAUUUAAAAUUAGGAAGGUUUACCGUCGACCCAGCACGUACGGAUUUCAUAGGUAAAUAAAGGUCAUUUAUUAUUAUUAAAUUAAAAGGACGUACGUGAGUAAAUAAAGUCGUGUAUCAUAGUCUUUUUCACGAAUGGUUUUGUUAUGUGGACGUAUCAAAAUAAAAUAAAACAUUUCAACGUAUUUAUUCGUUACCGCGAAAAUUAUAAUAUCCGCAAGCUUACUAUUAAUUAAAGUUUCUAUUUAUGCGAAUUUGUGUUCCAAAUAGACAAUGAAAUAUAUCUAUAAUAUUUAAAAUUAUACAAACAUAGCACUAUCACUUUUUUAGUAAAAUUAUAACAACAAUAAACUAUUCGAAAUGAUUUUAUGAAGUAUAACUACAUAAAUACUAUCUGUAUCUGACGUUUUAAAUUGAAUGAAUAUGAGUUAAUAGUUGACUUUUGAUUAUUACCUACCCGUUUUCAAUUCCAGUUGUAUUUAAACACUGGUUUCCGCCAGUUUACCUACUGUUUUUAAUUACGAAUUCCGUUCUAUUAAAAUAUUUUUAAUUUAAUAUCAAACCGAUAAUUAACUGUGUAGUUAUAUUGUAAUAUUAUUUAUGUUAUUUAGUAUUUGAUUGUUGGUUUAUAUUAUUAUAUUUAAUUUGCACGUUAUAGUACUGCCUAAAACCAACAGAGGGGUGACGGCAAAUACCGGAACGGAUGACGCUUGGUUACCGCAAUGGGCCGUAGCCGUAAUGGUUAUCGGACUCGCUUCGUUACUUUUCGUACUGAUAUUCGGAAUAACAGUGGUAUUUACACGUUUAUUAACUAUUCAAAUAUAUCACUUUCGGAAAUGUUUUAUUGAAUUUUAUAUGUACACCAGCUCGUUAGCCGUCACAAAAACAAUCAAAAAAUACCACCGCCCACUCUGCAGACGUCCAUCAUUUCCGACGAACACCAUCAACACAUGUAUGGAACCGGAAAGAACGGGCCUACUACCGGAAGUCGCCAUAUGAUGCACCACCCGCCGUCCCAUUCGAAUUCGAAUUACAACAUCAGUUCGUACGGUUACGAUAAUUACGCAAUCGACGACGACAUGAUGAUGCUGGACGAAGACGAUCUAGAAGACGUGGACCGUUUGUACGACAUGGACGCGGUGUGGGCCGACCACGACCACGAGAAAUUGAAAGUCUCGUCCAACAACAUAUCGAAAAAGGUUCGUGGUAUAGUCAUAUGUAUAAUAUUUUGAGGGUUUGAUGUGACAGCAGUACCUGAGAUUUGAACGUCAUGUCCAUCCGUAUGUCAAUUGUAUUAUAAUAUAAUUGUGUUAAAUGUAUUAUACCCCUACAUAGAUUUCUGUUUGAAUAUGUCGAGUUAUUGGAGUAUAUUUAAAGUUAAGAAAAACUUUCCCACAGUAAUUUAAAAAUCAUAUUAUAAUAUUAUAAUUUUUAUUUAUCAUGUAUCAUUGCGUGAUAAAAUAUCGAUUAUUUGAACAAUAAUUUGUUGAUAAUGUUGAAUAACUAUUUUAAAACAAAACCGAUAGAUAGAUUAGACAAUAUACACCGUCGCAUCCUAAUAUUAUAAUAUACAUUUUUCAUAAAUUAAUAAAAUAUAAAAACGUGUUAAAAUACCAUGACGAAAUAGAUUAGCAUAAACACAUUUUUAAUGAUACGCGCUCCUUUCACCAGACCCCAUUAAUUAUUCCCUUUUUUUUUUAUCAGUAUCUCCUUGGUCGUUUUUCUUCAGCAAACAAAUUAAAAAAUUGGCGGUCACUGCUUAAGAUAGACCACUGUUCACUGUCGUAGGUAGAAUACAUAUGGAGAUUUAGUUUACAUACAAUAAAUUAUUGCAAUUCAAAAUCAAUUAUGAGUUAAGUCUGAAGUGUAAAUUUUUUGAUACAUAUAAAUUGAACAUUUUAUUAAUUUGUAACUAACAUAUUUUUUAUGUUUCUGUGUAUUUAAUUUAAAUAUAUCAUAAUCAUAAAUUUAAUUUAACGUUGAUAAAAAUUAAUGACGAACUUCACGUUUAAUUUCUUUUACCGCUAAAUAUAACAUAGGAUAAAACAAGUUUUAUUAAAACAAACGUUAAUGUACGCGUUGUAGUAUUAGUAGUAGGUAGUAUUUGUAGAUUGUCGUAUGUUAAAUGUUGUGAUUUUUACAAGUUUUAACAAAAUUUAAAAUUUAACACGUGUAUAUAUAAAAGAGAAAAAUAUCUUGUAAAAUAUUUUAUAAUAGUUUUGAUAAUUGUGUAUACCAUAAGAGAAAUUCAUGAGAAACGUUGUAUAUAUUGUAUGUAAAUAUUCGGUGAACAUUUUAGAUCUGUUGGUUUAUUUUUCACUGAAUUAAAACACAAUCGAAAUCAACAGAAAUUGAAAAUAUUCCAAUUUUUCCUCCGGUUUCUUCUAAUUAUUAAAAAAAGUACGAGAAUAAUUAAAUUAGGAUUUCUCUAGGUAUAGCUCACAAACUAGACAAAAUGAUAUUAGAAUCAUCCUUGAAAUUGAUGAUUGGAAUAAAAUGUCUAUAAAUCAAAAAAUCGUAAAUUGUUUUAUGGGAGUAUGUCCUAUAAAUUGUAUUUAAUAUCGUCGUGCCCCCGUUAUCUUGUCCUCAAACCGCCGCUGGUACUGAUGGGGACAUGUAUCUAUUUAUAUUUUUUAUGCCUUAUCUUCAUUGAUUAUAUUAUAAUAUUACAGUAACUUUAUUCUUGUCUGCACAUCAUAUUGUCAAGUAUGGAAGCGUCCUCUGGGACCCCGCAACUGUGUAUGCAAGUUCUAUUGUUAAAAGAGCCAGAGGCGCUUCCUUCACGCGCUUUCCGUAAAACUCAACAGCCCUUCCUCCCAUGAUUGUUUCCCAGUCUGAAGUCUCCUUAACCUCUCAAACCUUGCCGACCGCAAACAUGCACAUAAUCUUUCUUUCUCAUCCAAUAUCCAUUCAGGUAAAAUUGAUUCUCCUAGUCUCUUAUCCGAAAUUUCCUUCAAAGUCCUCUCACAUUUCAUUCGCUCAUCUAUCCUUUUACAUGUAUAAUCCUUCCUCUCCGGCUUAUUUCCUUAAAAACUCCCCUAUCAUCUGUCUAAUGCUCGUCGCAAUCCACGACCCAUCCUUUACCUUCGGCUUCUAGUUAAAUCUCUCUCUUCAGCCAGUAUGUGUAGACAUUUGGUUAUAGCUUUAAUUUAGUUUAGUCUUAACGUUAGUUUAUCAAAUCUGUCAUCUUUGGACACGUCCUGUAAUUCAAAUAAAUACAAUCAUAUAAAUAUUAUUAUUACAGCACCGAGAUUCCCAACAUGGGGGACAUUAUGACAGUUGGCGAUCGACAGCAUUGGCGCCUCAAACAUUAUCGCCAGUUCAACCGGGUUAUUAUUCCGGAGGCGGUGCUUACGGAUACGGCACGGACCCGAAUAUUUACGGAGGGGGCGAGAGACGACAUUAUCACCGGGAGGGUACGUCGGCUACGAAUCCGAGGUCACACCAUCAUUACCACCCGGGUGGUUCUCAUCACAAUCCCAAUUUGGCUUAUACGACUACCCCGAGAAAACCACCUCAACAAUACCAUCCCGACUACGACACGGACUUUUAAACAAUAAUUAAAAAUAAAAAAAAAAAAUAAUAAUAAUAAUUUUUACUUUAUAAAAACACAUAAUAAUUUCCAGUUGCCAUUUAGGUCGAUAAUACAAACUCCCAAUAUGCGAUAAAAUAUCUUACUACCUUAUGUAUUAUUAUUAUCUAUAUGCAUAUUAUUAUAAUAAUCGCUCAUUUAUUAUAUUUUUAUAUUCUUUCUUUUAUUUUUAUACAUUAUUUUACUUAAAAUAUACAAAUUUUAAAACGAUAUUUAUAUUAUAUACUUGUAUAUCUUCAAGUUAAUGCAAUUUUAAAACAAUUUUGUAUUAUUCUUUAUUUUUUUUUUAUAUAUAACGUAUAUAAUAACUCUAGUCAAACAAGUGCUUAUAACAAGUGAAUUCAAUUGUAUGACAAACUAUACCUAUAGGUAUUUAAAAGAAAUAUUAUGUGAUUUUUAUAUACUUUUAUAUACGCAAAAUACCUGUAUUUAGGUUUUUUUUAAAUUUUAUUUUCUUCUUACUUUAAUGUAUAAUAUAUUAAACAAUUUUUUAUAAUAAUAUCGUGUAUUUAAACAAACAAAUAAAUACAUAAUUAUAAUAUAAUUAUUGACCUUACGAAUUUAUACUUUUUUAAGCGUUUUACUUUCAUAUAAUAAAAUAUAAUAUUAAUUACUAUACUCGUAUAUAUAUAUAUAUAACUAUAAUUUUUUUCUCUAUAAUUACUAAAUAUCGAUCGUAUUAUAUUAUUAUAAGUCGCCGCUUUAUAUUAUUAUUAUAAUUAUUGUAUCGUAUCGCAUAUUAUGUUAACUAAUUAUUGUUAUUAUAUAUCCAUAUUUUAUUAUAUUAUAUUUGUGUAUGUAUACAUCGCGUGUAUCGAAAUAUUUUUUUAAACGUUAUUUGAUACAUUUUUUUUAUAUAUUAUAGUAUAGAAGCGCGUCACACGGAUAUCAAACAGAUAUAAUUUUACUGAUUUAAAACGAUAUGCCAGUGGGGCGUAUAAUACACGUGAGUGGAUGUGGGGGUCAGAUCCCUUCCCCUUCCAUUUUUUUUUACAUGACGUACUCGAUUCUAUGCGUAGAUUAAAAGCAAAAUAAAACCUCCACGCGAGGAAAUGUUUACCCACUUUUCGCUCUCCCCCCCCCCUUAUUUUGUCCCGUUCAAAAUUUAUGUAUACACCACUGACGGUAUACCGAGGUAGGUAUGAAACAAUAACGGAUCGACUCGCGCUUUAUACAAUAAUAUUAUUAUAAAAUACUUAUUGCAGCUAUAUAUCGUUUUAAAUGAGUAGAUUCCCGUGGGACAUUCGCUGUGUUGUAUAUAGUUUAAUGAUUGUUAACAAAAAAAAAAAAAAAAAACAAAAAAAAUUACGAUUACCUAUGAAUAAGUACGCGUGUAUUCUUUUUUAUUUUUACUACCUUUAUUUUACAUUAUAAUUAUAAUAACAACGUGAAUCGUGAUGAUAAAAUAUUAUUAUUAUUAUUAUUAUUAUUAUAUACGAUAUCGUUAACAAACCAUCGUAAUAUAUAGGUAUAUAUAUAUAUAUAUAGUAGUCCAUAUAUUAUAAAUUUAAACGAACGUUUUUUUUUUUUUUAUACGUAAUAAAUUAAAUAGAGUAUGAAAAA